AUGGAAGUUAGCAAGACCACAAUUGGUAGAUGGGCAAAGAAUAACCUGAUAAGGCCACAUACAAAUGCCAUAAAGCCAGCACUCACUGAAGCAAACAAAAUUAGUAGAAUGAGAUGGUGUCUUACUCAUAUUCAGUCAGCUAUAGAUGAAGGGAAGCUUCUUUAUCAUGCAAUGCACAACACAGUUCAUAUUGAUGAGAAAUGGUUUUACAUGACAAAGGCUUCAGACAGAUACUACCUGUUGCCGGAUGAGGAUGAGUCUUACAGGUCUUGCAAAUCAAAAAGAUUCAUCACAAAAGUGAUGUUCAUGGGUGCUGUAAGUAGGCCACAGUUUGGCACAGAUGGGAAGACCAUCUUUGAUGGUAAAAUAGGCAUAUUCCCAUUCACAGAACAAGUUCCAGCCAAAAGGAAGUCAAAGAAUAGGCCAAGAGGGACACUGGAGAUAAAGCCUAUCCCAUCAGUUAACAAGGAAGCAAUGAGAGAAUGCCUCUUGAAUCAGAUUAUUCCAGCAAUUAAGGCUAAGUGGCCAGCCAAUGCAAGCAAGGAGAUAUAUAUCCAACAAGACAAUGCCACACCUCACCUAAACUCAUCUGACUCACAAUUUGAGGCUCUUUCAAGUUCAGAUGGAUUUAAAUUCCAUCUAAUUAGCCAACCAGUCAACUCCCCAGACACCAAUCUAUUGGACCUUGACUUUUUUAGGGCCAUACAAUCACUACAAGAUGAUAAACUAGCCACCAAUAUAGAUGAAUUAUUGGGUAAUGUUUGGAGUUCUUUUGAGGAACUCACACCACAAACUCUGAACAAUGUUUUCUUAACAUUGCAAAGCUGUCUCAGCAAGAUCUUAGAAGUGCAUGGGGGCAACAACUACAAAAAUACCCCACUUGAACAAAGAAAGGCUGAGAAGGACAAUGGGGCUUCCUACAUCACUUGA